CCGGGCCCGCCCCGUUAGCCACAGGCCCCGCCCCUUAAACAACUCUUUCCGGCGUUGUAUCGCGACGGUGGUUGGCUGGCGAGGCAGACAACAUGGCGGCGUCCUUGCUGGGCUCGCUGCUGCGGACUUUCCGGCAGGCAGUUCCUCCAUCAACAUCAAGUCAAGUUCGAGGUUACUAUGUAGACUGGAAAAUGUUGCGUGAUGUGAAGAGACGAAAAAUUGCUUAUGAAUAUGCAGAUGAGAGACUUCGGAUCAAUUCGCUCAGAAAGAAUACCAUUUUGCCAAAAGACCUUCAGGAAAUAGCUAGUGAAGAAAUUGCUGCCCUUCCACGGGAUAGCUGUCCUGUGAGAAUCAGAAAUCGGUGUGUUAUGACAUCCCGUCCACGUGGUGUAAAGCGUCGUUGGAGGCUUAGUCGAAUUGUGUUCCGCCACUUAGCUGACCAUGGACUACUUUCUGGAGUUCAGCGAGCAAUGUGGUAAAUCAGCUUCAGAACCUACUCAGCUGCCCAAGAAGUCAAUUCUGGCUAAAAGAUCAAACCCUAGUUUUUAUAGGGUCUAGUUUGCAUAAUCUACCUGAUACUGUCUACAGUUAAAUUGUUUUUAGGUUUUUAAAUGAAGAAAUGCAAUAUACAUAUUACUCCCAUACUGGUUUAAGAGAGGAAUAAAAAUAUUUUCUGUGGGAGAAUGGUGUUUUCCUUCAAGUUUGAUGUUUAGUAAAAUAACUUGUUUUUUAAUAGUGGUUUGACAAAACAGUUAUAGAUGUCCAUCUAAUUGACUAGUUGCCUUUCUAUGGCAUUGUACCCCUCAGCUUGCUUCCCUGGCCUGCAGUUACUCUCACUUUUGGAAUAACAAUAGAGGAAGAGUUAAAGAGGGUAUCUUAGAUCAUGUUUAGUGUUAACUUUGUGUGAUGGUGAAUAAAAGGACUGCUAACUAGUUUUUUGUUUCA